GGCGGGACUUCCGGGGGAGACCCAGGUUUCCGGGGGAACAGGGAAGAGCUCGGCAGUCUCCGUGCCCCUGAGCAGUAAGGGUCCAUGUGCGCCGCACUCCUAGUGGGCUACAGCAGCAGCAGCAGCAGUGGCUCAGAAGACGAGGAUGAGCCCGGGCGUAGGGCCGAGGCGGAGCAUGAGAAGGACGGUGACAGUAGAUGUCCUCCUCCUCCCCCUCGGCUGCCCAUUCCAACCAGUGUGUUGAACAUGUUUCCAGAUUCAGAAGAUGGAGUUGUGGAUGACAUUGAAAAACAUGGUGGCAGAAUUCGAACCUUCCCCCAUGAAAGGGGCAUUUGGGCCACUCAUGUCUGGGUGCCUUAUGAAGCAAGGGAAGAUUUUUUUGACUUGCUCAGCCUCCUCAUGACCCAGGCCCGGAGGGUCUUGCCCAGGCUUGUAAAGAUGGAGGACUUUCACCUCAGUCUGUCACAGAGUGUGGUGCUACGGUACCAUUGGAUUUCACCUUUUGUGCAGUCCCUGAAGAAACAUUUGGCCUCCUUCCACAGGUUCUUAUUCACAGCCAACCAGGUGAAGGUUUACACAAAUCAGGAGAAGACAAGGACCUUCAUUGGCUUAGAGGUCACUGCCGGCCAUGCUCAGUUCCUGGACUUGGUCUCUGAAGUGGACAAAGUCAUGGAGGAAUUCGAUCUGUCCACUUUCUACAAGGAGCCUUCCUUCCACAUCAGCUUGGCCUGGUGUGUUGGAGAUGGAAGAUCCAAGCUGCAGGCGCAGGCCAUCCAGGAGCUGCAGGUAGGCCCCUCGGGCCUGGGGAAAUGGGAGCGGGCCGUCCGGGUCAGAGAAGGCAGCAGGGAGUACCGGCAGGCAGAUCCACCUGCCCAGGCCUGCACGGGGGUCCUGGCCACAGGCUUCGCCCCUCCCCCAGGCUGGGACCUUCAUGUUGGCCGUGCCGUGUUUUAGGAGAUUGUGGACGGCUUUGAAGACUCGGCUCGGCUGCUGUGUGUGGGGGCUGAACAGGUCCGCUGCAAGUCUGGGAACAAGUACUUCUCCUUCCCACUCAAGUGAGAGCGAGCGGCGGCCGGCCUUUGGUCGUGGCCCUCCUCUCGGGCCUGCGGCUGGCCGGAGAACAAGCCUUCCUCUGCCGGACACUUGGGAGCCCGGCUCUGUGGUUGCAGCCAUUCUUCCAGCCCCGCCAGAGUCCCAGGCAGCGCCUUGGAGGCUCCCAUCUCCUGCCCAGUUUGGGGGGUGACUGAGGGACUGGCUGCAAGGCGGCCAUUUCCACAGGCGAACCAGCAGAGGGCAGGGCAGACUGUGAUUCCCAGCGCAGGAGCCUCUGGGGUCACUGAGCCGAGCUCCCCCUCCCAGGCCCUCUCACAAGCCUCGGCCCAAGUCUUUUACAGUUCUUACUUCCACACUUGCCCCAUCCUGCCCUGGCUGGCCAGGUGUCUUCGGGAGGCGCUCUCCCUGCCCUUCUCGCCUCUGCCCCAGCUUCCUCCAGCAGCCCAUGAACUCCCUCCCAGGUGCCCGGGGAAAGCUUGGCCAGAUGUUUCUGGCGAGCUUGGCUCUCUGGGAAGAGCUGCCUAGAUUCCCAAACGCCCAGGCCUCGGGCUUCCCACAUUAUCCCCCCACCCCCAUAGUCCACAAGCCAUUCCCACAGAGGCCCUUCUGGUUAUUCAGUCACCAUCUCCAGUGUUGUCCAUUCUGCCUGAUGAGCGACAAGAGCCUUUUUUUAAACCCUUAUCUUCUCUCUCACAAGCAAUACUAAAUAUCCAUUGGGUUCCCCAGGAGAAGAGAGGAAGUAAGGGCUAAACAAUGGGGGGUAAGUGACUUGCCCAGGGUCACACGGCUAGGAGGUAUCCACCUAGUUGCCCCAACGAGAUAUUUUGCAGGAAAGCAUUCAGAGCCAGCUGUGAGGAGGCGAGGGGUGGGGGAAACCCUUUUAUUUUUCCUUUAGGCCCUCACUUUUUUUUUUAAAGGGUUGUCCCUGGAUUUCUGGUCCUAGUGAUGGGACUCUAUAUGGAUAUUUAAAUUAAGUUCAGUGAAAUAAAUGUUUCUAUUUCUGCUU